GUCGCAACUCGCAGCUCGCCAGUAAUCACUAGGGAAAGGGCGGGAUAGUGCGUAAGUGGCGUCGGUCUGGAACUUAAACACUACAGCUCGAAGCAACCAGAGCACACGCACACAAACAAAGACUUUUCAGCAAGUACACUACAUCGUCUGGAACCGAACAUCGCAUAGCUUGGGUAGUGCCAGGGGGGUGGUCACUACUCCACUUAGUCAGAGAGUCCUUGUGUCGGUGAGUGGUGCCAGAGACGGUCGCUGGGAGGCUUGUGUAGAGUAGAGGACGAGGCCGAGGACACUAACGGUAGUCUAUCGUUUCACGCGGCCUUGAACUAAGUCAUGAGGCCAGCAGCGUGUGGGUGGUGAGCUCAUAAAGGGCUGCUAGUGUCCUGUGCCCCGCGUGUGACUGGCGAGAAGGGGUAGAUACCUCCCUCACCGCUGCCUGCUCUCCUCCUCCUUCAUCGUCGCUGUCAUGCAGGGGAAGACAGGAUCGUCGGGAAGAAUGAAGACCGAGCGCAGCGUGGUGUUCAGCCCCAGCGUCACCCUGCUGGACACAGACAUGGACGACUACCACACUCCCGCCAAGGACCCUUCCUCCGGACCCGCUAAAGUUCCAGAUCGGUGCCAGCGACGAGGAGUUCGAUGAGCCCGAGGCUGGAGAUAGUGGUGGCGACCCACGUGGUUCCCCCUGACGGAGGAUGGGGCUGGGUGGUGGUGGCGGCCUCCUUCAUGUGCAACGCUGUGGUGGACGGCAUCAUAUUUUCUUGUGGAAUGCUGUUACCUCAGUUCAUGGAGGAAUUUGGGGUGUCCAACUCAGACGUGUCCUGGGUCAACUCCCUCCUCGGGGGCUUUUACCUCAUUGUUGGUCCAUUUGUGUCCGCCUUAGCAAACGCCUACGGGUUCCGAACCGUUUGUAUCUUGGGCGGAGUGAUAUCUUCAGUGGCCUUUGGGGUUUCUUCCUUUGCCACCUCCAUUUACUACCUCCAGUUUACAUUUGGAAUCGUUGGUGGUAUUGGGUUUGGAUUUAUUUAUGUACCAGCUGUGAUUGCUACUGGCUUCUACUUUGAGAAGCGCCGGGCACUGGCCACUGGCAUUGCUGUUUGUGGGUCAGGCAUUGGCACCUUUAUAUUCGCUGCACUCAACAGUUUCCUCAUCCCAUCACUUGGUUGGCGGUGGACUCUUGUAGUGUAUGCAGGAAUCACCCUGAGCUGUAUAGUGUUUGGUUUGGCCUUCCGCCCCCUCAAGCCCACCACCAAAUUCACAGAUGAUGACCUGGAGCCACCUGGCACCCCUCUGCUCAUGAGAAUCAAGCGGGCAAGAGAUGAACAGAUGAAGCAAUGUGCAUCUGCCCUGUCCAUGACCUCUAUGAACUCCAAGACUCCCUCAAGGGCAAACCUAGAGGAACCCUUCUUUGAUGGAGAACCAGGGAAAAUGGCAACUAAUAAGAUGGUGGCAAAGACUCUGCUCGAAAGACAUGGAGGCAACAUGCACAAGCGAUACAGCUUCCCGGGCAUUGUGGUGACAAGCCCUGAGCCCAUAAAGGAGGAAACUGAAACUCCUCUCAUUGAGAGCAGUGAUGAUGUGAAAGAAGAUGUUAACAAGCAGGAUGAGAAUAGAGUGCUUGAUAACAACAAAAAUGAAACUCAGAUGAAGAAUGAGGCUAAUGAGACAGAGGCCAAUGGCACCAUCCCUAUUCAUAACACUGAGAAUGAUACCACUAGUCCUUGCCCUCGAAACAAGAGUGCUCCAGUGCUGGCACAAACAAACCUUCUUUCUGUGGAGCACCUACGGAGGCCCUCAAAGCUGGCCCUGCGCACAGAGACGGCGCGGCCAUUCUAUCGUGAUGAUAUCUUCUACUCAGGAUCACUGUGCCGCCUUCCACAGUACAGGAGCUCAGAGUCAGUUGAGAAGUACCACCAGUCAGUGACACAGCUGCCACCAAUGAGGGAGAUAGUAGAGGAGGAAGAAGAGAGGAGCAGGUGCAAAUGCUGCCCUGUUGCUAUCACCAACGUAAUCUCCCGCAUGUUUGACUUCUCUCUCCUCUCUUCUCCUACCUUCAUUAUGUUGGGAUUGGCUGGAUUUAUGAGUCUCAUGGCUCUCUUCAUUCCUUUCAUGUUCUUGCCAGGUUAUGCAAAACAGCAAGGGAUAACCGAGGGUUCUGUUGCCACCCUUGUGUCUACCAUUGGCAUCACCAAUACCAUUGGCAGGAUUGUGUGUGGCUGGGUCUCUGAUCAUCCCAAGGUGGAUGCUCUGUAUGUGAACAACUUUUCCCUCAUGCUGGGAGGUGGAGCAACUAUGCUUCUGCCAAUGAUUGCCGAUGAGUCGCUUCUCCUGACAUACUCUGUGGCUUUUGGGUUAUCUGUAGCUGCAUUUGCAUCCCUGCGCUCCAUUCUUCUUGUAGAGUUACUAGGCUUGGAAAAGUUAACCAAUGCCUUUGGUCUCCUGCUUCUGUUCCAAGGCAUUGCAGGCAUCUUUGGAAGUCCAGUAGCAGGUGCAUUUGUGGACUUGACAGAGACUUAUGAUAUUAGCUUCUUUGUGUUUGGUGGAUUGUUUGCCCUGUCUGGAGUGAUGUGCAUUCCCCUCCGCUACAUCAAGGAAUGGGAAGAUAAGAGAAAUGAGAGGAAGCACCAAGAGUGUAACACAAUGGAAAUGAAAGCUUGAAUUGGAGAGAUUCCACAAUGUCAGUGAAAGAAAUGAGUGAUACAUAAACAGUUCUUGGUCUGUUCUUGUUAAUUUACAUGUACAAUUUGAAGGACUUUGUAAGUGUUGAAGCCACCCUGUGUAUUGUUUAGUACAAUUUUAUGCUUCAGAUACAAAGCAGAUUUUCUUAUUAAGAAACCUGGAGCAGCUGAAAAGUGAAAAGAAAACCUUGUGUAAUGUUUGGAUAAUUUUAUAAAGAUUUUUUUCUAAGAACAAUGCAACCAUGCACAGCUAUGCACCGAAUAAAGUUACUAAAUAGGAGAAUAAAGCAUAUUAUCAAGUUCUCAAAAUUUAUAAAAUAUGUGAGGUGAGCAGUUAUGUUUGUAAGUUUAUCUAUCAUUGUUACUGACCUGUUCAUAGCAUAUGAUUAUGCUACAUAGAAAGAAAGCUUAUUAUCUACUAUGUUUCAUUAGAGAAAAGGUAAUAGGCACUUAAGAUGUAACUGUUCAUCUAACAUCUCUUAUGUUAGAGUACAUGUUUGUGUGUAUAUAUAUAUAUAUAUAUAUAUAUAUAUAUAUAUAUAUAUAUAUAUAUAUAUAUAUAUAUAUAUAUAUAUAUAUAUAUAUAUAUAUAUAUAUAUACACAGAUGAUACAUAUUACAUGUGUAUGCUGUGUAAAGACAAAGAACAAGUUUUCAAGUAUAUGCUAGAUACACUGGAACAAAAAAGUUGGAACAAAAAAGCUGUGUAUGUGCAUUGAUUAUAUUACUCAUCAUCUCUGUAUUGGUUAAAAUAUAGUAUUUUACGAAGUUUGCUUCAGAUUUGGCACAUUUUUUAAUAUUCAUGUCCAUAUCAUUCAUCAUCAUGUGGUAGUCAUUUAAACCCCAACACUCAUUAAUUCAGUAUUCACUUCAUUCACUGUAUAAUAUCAUUCUCUUUUCUUGGUCUUCACUUGCUAAAGAUGGGUUUGUACCAUUUUAUUUUUACCUCACAAUUUGUUAUCUCUAUUUUUAAUGUGCUCUUUUUCUAAUGUAGUGCCAUAAUUUUUAUCUUUCAUCUGGGAUAAAUGUGCAUUAAAUUGAUGCAUGUGAGUCAGUUCCCAUUUUAGUACAUAAAGCACUGUUAAAUUUUGAAUAUGCUGAGGUACAAAACUGUUUCCAUGAAUUUUUACUUUGUGUGAUAUUUAAGAACAAAAGACACCCAUGGAAGAGUACUGCUCACUGGAGGGAAGGAACAUACCAUUUGUAGUUCACUCAAAUAAAUUAAGAGUCUGUAGAUUUCUAGUGGUUAGUUGUUGCAAAGUAAGCAUAUUUUUUAUAGCAAAGCCAUUAUGUUAGGAUUUCAUAAUCAUCAUAGAUUUAGUCAACCAUUGUAUUCAUAUAUAUAAGGGUACAUUAAUUAACUAUUAGUAAUGUGUGAUAAAAUAGAGGCUGUGUCACUGUCUCUUGUCACUUAAUCAAUGCAAUUCUGCGUACCGGUGUUGAGGUACAGGUGAAAUACAUAGUUUGUUUAAGCCUCAUGUCAUGAACAACUAUGGAAACUAAAGCAGGUCUUCUUCAUGAUAAAGAAAGGCUAGCUCUGUACUUACUCAAUCAGCCUUUUUGCCUAAUUGUCAUCAUCUUGUCACAAAUCACUAUAAGCAAAUGGCACUUUAAUAUAUGAGCAUUGCAGAAUGUCAGUAUUGUAAUUUUACAAAAAUCAGCUGGUCUAUAUAUUCCUUGAAGUUAGAUGGGGAAGUGGAUGAAAGGAAAAUACAUAGAACCUCACAUACAGUACUGCACAGGGUAGUUAUCAGCAACAGUUGUGCAGCAUACUGAGCAUUGUGGUUGAGAGCACUGCUUGAAGUGUAUAUGAAAAGUCUAGUUGCUUGUAGUAUCUGGUCCCCUAAAAGAAAAAAAAAAUGUGUAUAUAUAUAUAUAUAUAUAUAUAUAUAUAUAUAUAUAUAUAUAUAUAUAUAUAUAUAUAUAUAUAUAUAUAUAUAUAUAUAUAUAUAUAUAUAUAUAUAUAUAUAUAUAUAUAUAUAUAUAUAUAUAUAUAUAUAUAAAUCAAGACUCAGUAAUAUGCACCACUAUUCAAGGAAACAAUUUAAUGUACUACUGCAUGGCUUUUGUGGAACUGAUAAAGCACUUAAUUUUUGUGGAGGGUUGAUGUUCAUAACUGACACAAAGAUAUAGUACUUAAAACCAUCAGUAUGACAUCUUUGUAAUGUUAAACCAGAUAGCUAUAUAUUUAUAUAGAUCAUACCAGCACUUGUCACAACUGAACUUGAAUGGUAAGCUGUAUUAUUAUUAUUAUUGAAUUAGUACCUUAUAUUUGUCAUCUGUAACUAUUGAAGAUGACGAUGUUUCACAUUAUGUACUGAAACCCCAUGUCAUGAAAACUGAUCUUGGAUAAAUUAAAAAAUUAUUUUUUUUUUUUUUCUAAAUAAUAUACAAUAUUUUUAAAAUAAAUUUUAGCAUAUUGACAAAAGAACUAGACUUUCUCAAUAUUCACAGCUGUAAUGCUUUUUAUUCUGUAUGUACUUAAAAUGUGCAAUUUUUUCCAUUACUGAAAUACGUCCAGUGUGAUAUAAAGUUGAUAUUAAGGUAAUGGAGUGAUUCAGCAUGAGUUAGAAUAUAUUUAGUUAGCUCUUAUCAUAAUUAUGGUUUUGUAGUUGAGACAACGCUGAACCAGAAUGUUUCCCAACAACAUUAGAGAUGUAUCAUCUACUUGUUUUACAUUGCUAGAUUUUUAUUUUAUUUAUAGUUAGAGUAUACUAAAAGUAGUUGUGUGUGUGUGUGUGAAGGGGGAUAGAGAGGGCAUGUAUUCCCCUGGGACAAAGUUCAGUUUAGUCUCCCCUUCCCAAGAUGGUUACACAAGGCAAGUUAAUUGAUAUUUUGGCGCUUGAUGGUUACGCCUUUAUGCGCCCCUCCCCACCCUGCUCAAGGGGCGGUGUGCCCAAGUCUGAAGUGCUGCUGGUCUUGUGCAAUAUCAUGAAUAACCCUUAUAUACAUCAUUUUGAAGGCUGAUAGUGUGUCAUUCAUGUGUGUGAUAACCUCGAGUAUAACGGACAAAACUGCAGCAGGAACAAAUCUAGAAUAAGUUAAGAGGGAAUACGCAUUUAAAAUUCAGAUUUUUUUUUUUCUCUCAGUCUUAUUAAAGAUGCAAGGAAUUAGUAAUGUAACCCAGGAAUGUUGUUUCUGUUGAGAGUAACAACACCGUACACCUUUUCAUCUAGGUGAGUUCCUGCAUUCGAAGCAUCGAUUAAAGCAUACUGUGUAUAUAGCCAUAUAGGGUUUUGAACUUUUAUACUGUACCUUGUCGCCCUGUACAUGUGCGACUAUAAAGGCAGCGUUGCUCUUGUAUCUUAAAAAGAAAAAAAGAAAAAAAAAAUAGAAGAAUAAAAAUUAACAGAAGCUCAUUACCCAGAUGCCAUUAAAUAUUUUUUGUAAGUUCUUUUGUAUUGUCGAUAAAAUGUAAAAUUCAGGUUCACGACCCUCUCCCUCAAAAAAAAAAAAAAAAAAUGGCUACAUUAUAAUAAGUUUUUAAUUCAA